CAUGUGUUCCCAGCAGUGAGACAUUUCAUGCUGACAAGCAGAAUGAAAUUGUAACAACUUCCAGUAUAGAUACCAACUUCUGCAAAAAUAGAACACAAAAUCAGAAUAAACAAUAUCAAUGUGUAGCGUUAAUGAAAGAAUUGAAAAAUUGAAAAGAAACACUCAGGAUUUGCGUAAAGAAGUUAAAGAUUUGAAAGAAACUAUAUUGAAACAAAAUGAAUUUAUUAUAAGUUUAUUGUCAAAACAAACCGGAAUGUUGGAGGAGAAUAUCGAAACAGAACGAAAUUUAUCUCAACUUCAUUAUGGUAAAAAAGUUUCCCAGUUUGCAAAACGUUUUCCGUUGGAGAGUAUUGAUGAUUUAAAAAAAUUUGAGUUGGAAAUUGAUGAGGAAAACAAAGGGAAUAUAAUAAACACCAUACAAAGUCUGCUCUCACCUCAAGGUAUUAUGAAAAAUGUCGUUAAUAUUUUGUCCGAUAAUAUAAUUAUGGAAUCGAAUAUGGAUGGUCAUCAUAAUAAAACAAGAUUAUUAAAUUUUCCCAAAACUAUGGAUGUUUUAUUUUUGGCCAGUCGUAAAGAUGACAAUUACAGCUCCAAAAUGUUUCUAGACGAUUUAAGACGUUCCCUGAGAGUAGUUAAGAAUCGUUACCAUAAAAACAAUUGUCGCGCUAGACAGAAACAAUUAUUACGCGAGGAACAGGCAAGGGAUGAGCAACAGGAUAGUACUGAAGAAAGUUUUAUGGAGAGAACUGAAGAAAUCUAUUUUGAUUAGUUAUAGAAAACAAAAACUAUUUAAGAAUGUAACUUAAUUUGUUGUUAGAAAGCAAGUUAAAGAUAUAUUUGUGUAAAUAUUGUGUAAAAAUCAUAUAGUUUAUAAGUAAUAAUAAGUUGUUUGUUAUUAAAUAAAGAAAUCAUUUUAAUUUCAAUAAUUUAAGAGUAAAGUUGGUCUUUUAAAUGGAUAAGAAAGGAACAUUUUGAAUAAAAAAGCCAGUUGAGAUACUGAUAACGUCUGAUACGUCAUCCU